ACGCACGCGCGCAUACUUAAACUCUGGCUCAUGGACUAUAUAAACGAAUAGUCACUGAAUUCUUUCGGGGCCAGAAGGCAAAAAUGACAAGGAAGAGGGAUGCUGCGCUCCAUCCAAGUCGAGCCGGCUGCGCGGUUUUACGCGCGGUGGCACAACUACGGGUAUCUAGAAAGAUGCCAAGCCUUCCUGCGGUUAUCCUGAUUGUGCCAGUGAUGCUGUUAGCCUCGGUCAAGCCAGCAUCAGCUCAUCCUCAAUGCCUGGACUUCAAGCCACCUUUUAAACCUCCAUGGCACCUGGAGUUUUGCAAUCAGUAUGAGCAGUUUGGAUGCUGCGACCAGGGAACUGACAACAUGAUCGCGGAGAGGUACUGGGACAUCAUUGAACAGCUGGAAGCGGCAGGUCAUGAGCUCUGUACCGACAUGCUGAAGGAAAUUAUGUGCCAGGAAUGUUCUCCAUAUGCUGCCCACCUCUACGAUGCUGAGGACCCCUACACACCUGUGAGAGAAAUUCCUGGUCUUUGCUUUGACUACUGCUCUGAGUUUCAUUCCAAAUGUCGCCACGUGCUUAAAUAUUUAACAGUCAACCAGCUGCUGCUGUACGCCGCAGAGCGCGACGUAACCACGUUCUGCAGCAUGGUAGACCUGCCUGACCAAGACUACUGCUACCCCAAUGUUUUGAAAAGCUCUGACCUCAAUAGUAACCUGGGACAGGUGGUAGAGGACCCAAGAGGUUGUCUCCAGUUGUGCCUGACUGAAGUGGCCAACAAUCUCAGGAACCCAGUGCUGAUGCUGCACAGUGGAGAUGACACACACCGAAUGUUUAUUGCAGAACAGAUGGGCUUUGUUUGGGUUUACCUACGCGACGGCAGCCGGCUGGAGCAGCCUUUCCUGGAUAUGAGCGGGGAGGUGAUGACCACUCCAUGGCUGGGGGAUGAGAGAGGAUUCCUAGGAAUGGCUUUCCACCCAAAGUACCGGGAUAAUGGACGCUUCUUUAUUUACUAUUCCAUCCAGGUCAGCAGUGAACUGGAAAAAAUCAGGAUCAGCGAGAUGAAAGUGUCUGCCUAUGACAUGAACGUGGCUGAUCCCUACUCAGAGAGGUUCAUUUUAGAGAUCGUGGAGCCAGCCGCAAACCACAACGGAGGCCAGCUGCUUUUUGGUGUUGACGGUUAUUUGUACAUCUUUACUGGAGAUGGUGGAAAAGCUGGGGAUCCAUUUGGGAAGUACGGCAACGCACAAAACAAAAGUGCUCUUUUGGGAAAAGUGCUUCGCAUUGAUGUGGAUGGAAGUGACCCCAGUGGCAUGCCAUACAGGAUCCCCCCUGACAACCCAUUCCUCGGGGACCCAGGUGCCCGGCCAGAGGUGUUUGCUUAUGGGGUACGAAACAUGUGGCGAUGCUCCGUGGACCGCGGAGACCCGGUGAGCGGCUACGGCAGAGGUCGGAUAUUCUGCGGGGAUGUUGGUCAAAACCGCUAUGAGGAGAUUGACAUUAUCAUCAAAGGAGGAAACUAUGGAUGGAGGGCCAAAGAGGGCUUCGAGUGCUACGACAUGAAAUUGUGCCAAAACUCCUCCCUGAAUGACAUCCUCCCUAUAUUUGCAUACAGCCAUCAUGUUGGGAAGUCUGUGACAGGGGGGUAUGUGUACAGAGGAUGUGAAUCACCCAAUCUGAAUGGCUUGUACAUUUUCGGAGACUUCAUGAGUGGUCGAAUCAUGGCAUUAGAGGAAGACAGGACAACAGGAAACUGGAAAGAGAGGAGUGUGUGUAUGGGUGAUACGGAGACUUGCUCUUUUCCCGGACUCAUCAAUCAUCACCACAAGUUCAUCAUCUCAUUUGCUGAAGAUGAAGCAGGGGAGCUGUAUUUCCUGGCUACGUCAUACCCGAGUGCCAUGUCUGCUUUUGGAACUGUGUUUAAAUUCAUGGACCCCUCCAGGAGAGCACCUCCUGGGAAAUGUAAGCAAAAGCCGCUCCCUGUCAAAGUGAGGGGGAAAAAGUUUCCAUUUGUGCCAAAGGAAUUGACUGUACUGGGCACAAAUGAAAAACCUACCAGACCACCGCCAAGAAAAUUCAAACUCCCCACCAAACCGCCGGUGAGGAGCAGCCAGAUCAAACCUACGACGACUGCAGCAGGCAACUCAACGACGGGCGCCGCUGUAAAGGUCAAACCGAAAUCAUCGGACAAAGACACGAAGAAGAAAAAUAUGGUGAAACCAUGGAAAAAAGACAAAAUGCUGAACAAGAAAAAAGCCAGCACACAAGCGAAGAAGAAUACUUUGAAGCAGAAAUCUAAGAAGACGACUGUCAGCGUCAAAGAUAAAGUAAAACCAAAGACAAAUCAAACUGCCACAGAGACUUUAAACACUUCAAACGCCCACAAUGGCCUGAAAGAUAACAAAAUCCACACAAAGAGGAAGAUCCCCCAGAGGAAAGCUGCGCAGAAGCAAAGUGGACCAAAGAUGAAGAUUAAAGAAUCUACAAAAGAGUAUCCUGCCUUUGUGAACAAAACUAAGGCAAACUUCAACGUAAGAAGCAACAGAACACUGACAAGACAGCUUAAGGUGAAGAGCAAACAAACAUGAGUCUGAUUAUGGCUUAAUCAGAUGAAAUGAAUUUUGUUGAAUGAAAUGAUAAUGUUGACUGGCACAUCUUAUAGCAAUAGUUCUACUCUUAUUUUCAGCUAUGGGAAGACUUAUUCCACUCCCAUGUAUGCACAGAGACAGCAGCUUAGUGCAAAGACUAACGACAGAGGCAAUCUCCUGAAGACUGGCUCUAUCAGAGAAUCACUUCACCAGCACUUCUAAAGAUUGCUAAUUAUUAUUUCACCUUUAUUGUUGACACUGGAGUCUCCAAUUCCAGAUAUCAGCAGCCUCUGCCAAAAUGCUGAACUAUUCCUUUAAAGCAGUGUUUCCCAUAUUGGUUACCAGUAGAAAGUACAGCAGUGGGUACUUGAGAUUUUUAUAUUCAUUUAAAUACCAGUUAUGCAUAUCUCUGAAAAUAAACUUCAAUAAACUACAUUUCAUAUUCAGCAUUGUUGUUUUCAGUGCAGUCGUUUUAGCUGUUGUAACUGUUGAAAGCAUCAUUGAAGGAGAAAGUAACACAUAAUGAGCAGGAUGCCAGUUUCAAAAUAUGUCAAAAGAAAAUUGGAUUCAUGGUUGAAACACAACAGACAUACCAACCGUUAAGUGCUCCACAUCUUCCUCUAGGACUUUCUUUUCUUCUGCAGCUUCAUAAAUUAGACUUUAAAGUCACAAGUGGAAAACAUUUAACCUUCCCAGCACCCCAAGGAGAAACUCCAGAAAAACCGAAGAGCUUCAUAUCAGACUCUACAGGUCUCGGUUAGCAUCUUAAACGUUAAAAUUCAUAGCAAAUCUACAAAAUCAAAGAAUCAAGGUGAAGCGCAGACUUCAGCCAGAUUGAAAUGCUGUGGUGGGAUCUUAUGAGAGCUGUGCUGUCCACAAUCCUCAGUGAACUGAACACUGUAAUAAAGCAGAGCUAAAAUCCCUCCACAACAAUGUGAAAGACUGAUAAAGUCACACAGAAAACAAAUACUUAAAGGUAUGGUAAAAAGAAGACAUUUUUUUAUUACAUCCUGACACCUAAAACCUGAAAACUGACCAAUGUUGUUCUUUCUUUUUACCAUGUGGGCAUAUUUUUUCUUUUCUACCAACAUGUUUAUCACUGCUCAGCGAUGUGCAUGCAAUUAUGCAUGUAACGACAUUGUUUCCUUUAUAUUUUAUAUUUAGCUGUCAUAAAAUCGUUGUUCCAAGUUAAACUCUCCCCUGUCUGUAUUUAGAACAUAUCAGCUUAGUCUAAAAUCUAAAGAGGCAGCAAACAUAAAACACAACUUCUAUUUAUAGCCAGGCCCAGUUUCUGAAAUUACUCUAAUUUUACAACACAUGGAAGUGUUAAAAAUAAACAUUAACAAGUAUCCUUGACUCUCAGAAGCUCUCUGUAAUUAAACUCUGCACCACUGAUCUUAACUGAAACCGCCGUGACCAUGAGUUGUAUAAUGUCUGCUGUAAACGUAAAGCCGCCCCGACUUCCACGUGCAGUUGUGCAGCCUGAGGUUACAAAAGUCUCACAAUCCGGCAUUUCCUUGGCUUCCGGACUUGAUGCCUGUGUGGUAAAAUAUUUUAUAAUUUCUAUAAAGUGGCUGAAAUUGGUGUAUUGUUUCGAUUUUUGGUGAAAGAAAGGUCAUUCAAGGCUGCAAUAAGCCUCACAUAAGAAGACGAAACAUUACAAAAAUCAUAGAUGCACGUACGCUAUCCCAGCUAUAGCUCGAUAUAAUCUUACCCUAGUCAUCUGUUUAAAAGCCCCUAAUAGCAAUGUAAUUGUAGUGAUUUUGUCUGGUUCAGCUCACACUUGCUCAUCACGAUCUACAAAUCAAGUUCUCGUGGAACAGGGCAAUAUUUCACAAAGACAAACCACAAAAACUGGGUCAUAGAGUCGAGCGUGGUUGAAAAACUGUAUGGUGCUUCACACAUCGACAGUAAGCUCAUCAUCCACAAGUGUCUGCUUUAUACUUCUGAUAUGACAUGAGCAUGCCCAGUCAUGACAACAAUCCUGCAGCAAUAUAAUGUGUGAUAACAGGCAUACAGUAUUUUGUAAUAUGACAUAAACCUACCAUGCGAAGUCUUGAUACACAGUUCACAUUACACUGAAUUAAUCUUAGUAUACUGCCCCACAACACACUAUCACAGGACUUAAUGACAUCUAUAUGUGAUGUCAUGAUGGAAUAUAAUUGUACCUCAUCCUAAUCUGAUCUUUAGCAGGACAGAUUAUUCUUAAAAUAAUCUACAUACAACUUGAGAUGAACACCACCAUCUGACAUCUAACACUGCCUUGGUAUUUAUUCAGCAAAAAGUACAUACAGCCACGUCCUGUUAAAUAAAAUCAAACAUCGAAAAGACUGAACAAGUAAGGCUUGUUAGGAAGGGUUGACGAUAGAAAGCCAUCUUAGGUGGAAACUCAAAAUGAUUUGGGCAACUUGUGUUAACUGAGUCGACUUUAAACUCCUCUGUGUACCAAAGUAUUCAAGAGUCAAAUGUGAGGCCAUCUGUCCAAAAGCUAAAGCUUAGCUGAAAUUGGGUACCGUGACUUUAAGCACUCCACAUUAAAGGUUCCAUAUUAAAUUGCACUGAUUUGGGAAAGAAGUAAUUUAAAGUGAUGCCGGGUUUAAAUGUGUAGGUAAGUCUACUAUAUGUUUACUAUAUGUUGCUUAAAACCACAGAUUCCUUACAAAUUACAGACUCAUGUAACUAUGUUCCAAGUUCAAGCAGCUGGGUGGUGCAACACAAAUCUGCUUUUUAACUUCAACACAAACAUGCACACGGUCCUUAAAAAAAAGACCUUUUGUGAUGGCGAAGGGGCCAUGCAGACAUUUGGAAGUGGCUCAUCCUGUUGUGCAACAUCCUCUAUUAACUCUUUAAUUAUUAGCUGGAGGGUUUUUAAGUAGAGGGAUGACCCUUUGACGUUUGGUGACACACAAAUGAUGGCUUUCUUCAUCCUUUUAAAGACAGGUUUUUGCAGGUUUCAGUGUUUUGUCUGUUUGUUUGAAUUCCUUAGAGUGAGGCUUACAUGCAACGAGCUGCCUGAGCCUAAAUUAAGUACAGCAAAAAACACAAACAACAUUUAGUGUAUUAGGCGAAUGAGGUGAAAUUUAUUAAAUUUAAUAACCUACCUUUAAUUUAUUCAAAUAAAACAGUUAUGCCUCUUAAUUCUUUAGCGUGUGUCCAUGAUAUGGGUGCUAACAUCCUGUAGUGCCUUUUAGUUAUUUAUGAAUCUAUUUAAACAGCUAAAAAUGUCAUCAGUGCACUGAAAAGUGGUGGAACUGCAAUAGUAAAUAACCAAAGCCCGGGUUUCUUUUGCAACCUGUGGACAUGUAGUCACAAGGCAGAAAGACAUCUUUGCUUUACUGAAUAAAUUCUCACAAAUCUUUAAUAAUAAUUAAAAAAAAAAAGAUCUUAUAAAAGCCAUAAGGGAGAGCAAUCUGUUGGGUGAUUUUGUGUGCAGACUAAAAAUAUCUACUGCAUAGAUGGCAUGAUUUUUGUGUCCCGUCCGUCCCCAAGGAUGACUCACUAGCCUUAGUGAUCCUUUUUAAUUCAUUAUUAUUUUUAUAUAUAUCAAGCUACACCAUCAGAUUGGAUUUGUCAUUAAACAGGGGUCUGGGGGUGGAGAGGUCCUCCUUCGGAAAAUUAUGAACGUCAGACACUUCAUUUCCUGCAUUAUGGUGGGGGUUUUUUUAUGCAACACUUUGUAUCAUUUUUCUGCAAUUUAAUUUAUGGUUUAUGGAAUUACAGGCAUAUCCUUUACCCUGCAGACUCUUCAUGGUUAAGUUAAGUCACAUUGCUCUCUACUGGCCACUAUUAGCAACUAAAACUGGGUCAAAAACUUCAGCCUGUAAAACAUCCGGUGCUAAAACUGUUUAUACUCGUGGGACUACAACGUGUGGGGUUAAAGAGACCCAAAUUUGUCCAGUCAGAUGAGCAGGAACUGCACCUUAUUCACCUGCUGGUCUGAAAUAGAGGUGAACCCUAUAACGUUAAGGAGGCCAUCUGGAACUUUUUUUUUUUGCUGUAAAAGUGUCAUAAAAUCUGCUGUAUGUAUGUGCUUUUUUCAGGACUACUACUUGUUUUGCUUUACUGUAUGCUGCAAGUGGAUAAUGGAUUAAUAAAUCUUUGUGAAGGAUGAAGCUGUCACUGCACUCUCCAGAAGAUGCUGGAAAACCGUCACGUUACAACUUCUGGCUUUGCAAUGGACUGAAUUUGUUCCCAGUAUCUGGUCUAACGAGGCCAUCCCUACUAUGUUUUUAUUGUACUCAGUCACACCUGUCUGGGUUAAGGUUAUGGAGACUCUCUCAAGAUGGCCAUCUUCAUUUUCCUGCCAGUGUAAGUGUGUCCUCACUUUACACAGGGCUGACGGUGGCACAGAGGGAGACUUCUUAAAUGUCAAUUGAAUUUACAACUUAAAGGUCCCUGAUGUACCAAAUCAAGUCUCUUGGUUAUCUUUCAUGCAGAGCAUUUUCCUGAAUGAAUGAAAAAGUCAUUCAGGAAAGCUGUCCUGCUUGGAUGUUCCACAAGCCCCAAAUCCCUGCUUUUUCAGGUGUUUGGAAGAAGGCUGGGCGGGUGUAGAAGCUGUCACAGUAGAUAAUGCAACCCCAUCGCAGACAGUCUUCGUUCACCAUUGAUGUAACCCAAUCAAAAGAAAGACCUUUGAUUUCCCCGUGUACAGUUUGAAGUCUGUGGUGCACAAAAAUUUUUAGCCCUCACUUGGUGGAUUUGUCUUUCAUGCAUUGCUUGAUGGGUAAUCUUGGCUUCAUAGCAAUCAUCCUCUCAUGUAUGAAAUAUGCUUCUUCGGGUGGUAGUUACUCAUUCAGCAAUUUUAUAUCACGUAAAGGAGACAUCUGAACGUGUCGACUGAGUUUGGUUUUUUUGGUUUUUUAAAUUGCGCAAAUAGUUUAAUAGUUAUAGUAGUUUAAACAAAAACAUUGAAAAAAAUCUGUCGGGUGUUUGUAGCAGGGCUGUGCCAUACUGCAAAUUUUGGUAUCGAUCUGAUACCAAGUAAAUAGAGGGACAAUUUUCCAUUACCAAUACUGUUAACCUAUGAAGCUGGCUUAUGUAGGAGAGUAGUGUGUCAUGAGAUGAAUCAUCGAUUUGCAAAUUCUGAACACAUUUUAAUGACCACUAAAUCACUGACAGUUUUACUUUUCUAUUUUUUUUUUUUUUUCAUAAUCCCCUCCUGGCAAAACCCCCCCCAAUUACCACAAUACAGUGGGCUACAUACCAAACUUACAGGAUAGAAAACAAAGUAUCAAUCCUAUUGUGCUAGUAUCAAUCCAAUACCACAAGCACUGGUAUCGAUACUAUUGCUUGAUUGGAUUUGGACUGAUGUGCCCAGCUCUUGUUUAUAGGAAAGGUCUACAUUUUACAUCACUGCCACUAAUGACAUUAAAAUUGAGUUAUUUUUAAAUAAAAGUUUUGAGUCCAUAACUAAAUAUUUACCCAGAGAGAUGAUACAGAAAAAAAAACAAGAUUUCUUUUAUUUUCUAAUUUUCUAAGUAGUGAUUAUCAUCUUUAAAUGUUUAGAUCAUGUAUACAAAAGCAGCCUUGCUAUUUUCUAGGAAUCGCACUAAGAACUUUUAGUAUCUAUUAAAUAUACAUGUGCAAUUAAGCUUGUCCUUUUUAAAACACAAAAUAAGAAGGCACGACAGUGAAAAAAAGGGGGAUGUAGAGUGUAAAAAAGGAUGCUCCUUUCAAAAUAUGCCAUUAAAAAGUAAUUAUGAGCAAUGAGAUGGAUGAUUUACAAAUAGUUUUGCAACGUUUAAUACUAGAGGGGAUCAAACCCAGCAGUACAUCUCUGCCGUGUUCAUUCCAGGAUGCACUUUAGUACAAAGACUUCAGGCGAUUUCAUUUCUUUCUUCAAUAGCAGCAUGUAAUUUCAGGUUUUAAUAACCAGCUGGAAUAUUGAGCAGAUGUUAGCAAUAUUUUCAAAUCAGGUUCUAUUAGCUCAUCCCACUAAGAGGCAGUCAAAUCAUCGAAAAUUAAGACCCUCCCCCCCCAAAAAAAAACAAAAAGAAAAAAAAAGGCUGGGGUGGUGGACUGAAUGAUUAAUACUAAUGCUGUGCUACUUUUUUAAAUGUUAUUUCAAAGCAGUUAAUUUCUGUCCAUUUCUAUUCUACUAUUUGCUUACACUACAUGAAUUUAAGUGCUUUCUUCAGUCUGAUAUCAAA